AUGUCUGUUCCGGAGGAGGUACUGGCGAUUAGACCGGAUGAGUCAAAGGAUGAUGCCGCGGAGAAGGAUUCCAAGAAGGAUGACCGCGACGACAAAAAUCACACCGGAAGCACAAACUCCAACAGCACAACGCCCAUCUCCUGGAACAAUCAGACCAAGUCCGGCCCCUGGACAACCCGCCUCCCCUUCACAAACUCAACGUACAACAUGACACUAUCCCCUAAAACCGCAACACAAACCCACCUAUGGUCCCUGGCACGGGACUACUACAAAGGGUGCAUGAACGACAACGACACAGAAGCAAACUACGGCGUCCUCCUCUCCCUGCUGGAGGAAGUGAGAGGUCCCUUCAGCUGGUACGACCGCAUGAACUUGUCUUCGAGGGGCGAAUCCCAAAACAGGGGCAAGUUGCGCUUGAAUACGACGGCUCCGGUGAGCUCUGAAGAUACACCAAGGGUGGUUGCCGCAAUAAUGAAUCUAGGUCGAUAUGGGAUAUUUCCCAUCUACAAAUUUGGCCUGGGGGCUUCAUACUCUGAUCCGACGCGAGUGCGGCUUAUUAUGGCACCGCAUUAUAGAACAGGGCUGGAGGAUCCGAGUUUGUAUAAGCUCCCCGGCUUGCUGACGCAGUAUGAACGAAUGCUUGAGAUUAUUAUCCCAAAGUUACAUGGUGCGCAUACCCCCGAGAUACAAGACCUGUUCAACCUUCCGAGGAAUAUAAUUGCUUUGGAGAAGAAACUUCACACGAUAUUGCCUACUGCGGAAGACUGGCGGAAUCUAACGGAUCACGUUUUUGUCAUCCGCGCUGAUGCCUUGAGGGCAUAUUCCUGGCUACUUCGAUUCGAUGAGAUUCUGCGAGCAAGAGCACCGCAGAUGGAUGAGGCGCCAGAGGUGGAUGUUUUGUUUCCCCAUACGCUGCAUGAGUUCUGGACAGUUUUCGAGACGGCUUCCAAGGAGAUGCUGAGGACGUAUAUUCUGUGGCAGACGUUCUUGCAGACGGUUGACUUGUGGGACAUGCCGUGGGCAAAGGAGUGGAAGGCUUUUACUUACACUCACCUGGAAGUGAUUAAACCUGCUCCUCGUCGGGAUGAGUACUGCGUCGGCAGGGUCCAGAGACACUUUAGCCAUGCCAUAGGGGCGACGUUGAUGAAUGAUGUGUUUCCUGAGAAGGAUGGCCGGGACCCUGUCUUUAGAGUAGGGGAUAUCCUGGCACGAGUUGGACAUGCUGACGGGUGCCCUCAUAACAUUUCCCAAACUUCUCUCACCAACAUCUACAAAGGUGCGGGUGUUUCUGGUGGCAAACCUGGCCCUAAUCCACUACCCCAAGAACCCAUUGGUGUGGCGAGGUUAACGGCUCACGAGAAUUGGACUCAUUUACAUGACUGGUUCGAGCUUGAGAAACUACACUGGCAAAGGCAAUGGGCGGAUCUUGGCCACUCGUCGGACGAACACAAGUGCCGUAAUCUGGGCAUGAGCUUCAAGGUUGUAGCAUAG